CGUAUCCGCCGGAACACAGAACUUCGCGCAAUUGGAGUCCCUUGAUGUCAGUCAACAGAAGCUUUGCCACCACCACGUCUCCUGAUUCUCUUCACUGCUGCACUUGGCGACCAUAUCGGCAGUCAGGGAAAGAAAUGCCAAAGGGAUGAGGGGAUCGUAGGCCAUGUAAAUACAAAAUCCUCGGGAAAAUGUACCCGACUAUUCUUGUUAGCAUUUUUUUCGCAAACAAAAGAAGACACCCGAAAAAACAAUAAAAGAGCACGACAGAAGGAUCGAUCCAGGUGCCCCCACCUCAUGGAGAAGGUUGGCAAGGUGUGGAGCAACCUUAAGAAGGGAUGUCAAUCUCUGCUCCACACAGAUGGGGGUUCUCGAAUUGAAAUGCCACCACAUCUUCAACCGCAAACAGACACAGUAUGCCAGAGUGUGGACAAGGCCCAGGGAGACAACACACUGGAGGCUGCUAGUCCUUCUAGCAGUGUGGCGGCACUCCCUCUAGUGGUAUGGAGGACCGGUGGGAGUGUGACACGACAGGUCCAUAACUGUGUAGUGGAUGUACCCCAGAUACUAGAGAUCACAGUCGAGCAGGAUACCGAAGAUGCUCGUGCUCCCUUGGGAGCCCGCAGAGACUCUUACUCACGUCAUGCACCUUGGAGUGGAAAGAAGAGACACUCAUGUUCCACUAAGGCUCAGAGUUCUCUGGAGACCACAGAUCAGCGAUCAGGCCGGUCUCGGCGCAGACGUGGGACUGGUAGCAGCCGUGAGGAGCUGGAGUCAGGGGCAGCACGCUCCCUAUGGCAGCAGAUUCAUGACACAGUGGGCCUGUGCCUCCCACUGCGCUCAUCCUCUCGGAACAGUCACCUUCCACCACCCAAACGUAAGAUACAAAUCACAGAGCUGAUGCUGGAGAUGUGCCCCUUCGCACCAGGAUCAGACCUUGCUCGAAAAUGGCACCUCAUUAAACAGCACACAGCACCAGUCACAGUGACACCAGUAGAUUCAUCCUCAGAUGCUUGCGGUGUUACCUGUGCAUCGCCGGAAGAUGAGGAGGAGCACUUGAGAGAGAGAAGACGACUCAGCAUCGAGGAGGGUGUUGACCCACCUCCAGAUGCCCAAAUCCACACAGUGGAGGCUAUCACAGCCCCUCUGGCUUCCAUUUAUAAACUGGGACCUAAGUUGGCCCCUGGAAUGAGUGAGGCCCUAGGCGAUAGCCGGGGGGCAACAGCAGCUAACUGUGACUCUGAGGACGAUGAUACCACCACUCUUUGCUUGCAAGCUCGCAGGCCCAAGCAGCGACACGCUUCGGCGGAGGGCCUCCUGAGCAGCAAGCAACAGGGGCCUUGGAAGGUACACACUCAGAUUGACUACAUCCACUGCUUGGUUCCAGAUCUGCUACAGAUCACAGCACUUCCCUGCUACUGGGGUGUGAUGGACCGUUAUGAGGCUGAAGCCCUGCUGGAUGGUCGGCCCGAGGGAACCUUUCUCCUGCGAGACUCGGCUCAAGAAGACUACCUGUUUUCCGUUAGCUUCCGUCGCUAUGGCCGUUCGCUGCACGCACGCAUUGAGCAGUGGAAUCACAACUUCAGCUUUGAUGCACACGACCCUUGCGUGUUCCAUGCAGCCACCGUCACGGCACUUUUGGAACACUACAAGGACCCUAGCGCUUGCAUGUUCUUUGAGCCAUUGCUCACUGUGCCUCUGCACCGGACCUUCCCAUUUGGCCUGCAAAGCCUGGCUCGAUCAGCCAUUUGCAAUGGGAUCACCUACGAUGGCAUCGGGGCACUGCCAAUGCCCCCUGCUCUGCGGGACUACCUCAGGGAGUAUCACUAUAAGCAGAGGGUGCGCGUACGCUGGCUUGAGAGGGAGCCAGUCAAGGCCAAGUGAGGCAGGGCAGAUACUUCUCAGCUCUCCAACAGGAGUAGUCCAUUAAGCACUUUGCAGAGGUGGAGGAAUUCGUUUUUUUUUUUUUUUUUUUGUGGAGGGGAAAGGGUUAAAAGGAGGGACUUGAAACUGAACACUAAAAGCUUCUAUCAUUUUUUGCUAUCACUCUAACAAACAAAGAAUUUACAUAUACAGUGGCUCUCCAGUGUGCACAUUUCACUACAGCUUCUGGACUAGGAAGAAGCAGCAGAGGUCUUAGUCUCCUUUUUCCUUCUCCCUCAGUUCCCAUGGCUGUGGGGGAAUCUGCAGAUACAGAUAUUUUCAUGCCCCUCCACUCUUUCACUGCUUGACUAUGUGGUUUAUAGCCAUUUCACUUUAUUUGUGUUGUACCAUUCACCUGUUUUUAAUCCCCUUGCAUUAAAUAUGCAUUGUUAAUGUUUAUUCAAAGUAACAUUGCGGACAAAUUUUUAGGUGAGGGGAAAUGAAGGGUGAUGUUCAAAUAUUGCUUUCCCAGCUUCUUUCAUCAUCCUUAGCUUUCAUGGUGCUCUGUCAGUGGUUCCUAUGGUAACAUUCUGCGCUCAUUCCGUUGUUAAAGGGGGAAGCGUUCUAGAGCAGGACACAGAAAGGCUUUCACCCUGCUCAUUGAGAACGAGACGGAGAAAUCCAUGAAAGAUAGAUUGACCUUAAACUAUGUGUCCAGACAGCUUUUGGGAAUGCGUUGCAGUGGAGGGAAGGGUUCUGUGGCGUUCUGCUUCCGGGAAGCGAUAAGGAUGAUAUGCACAACGUGACGCGGUGUGAUGUGAGAGCGC